AUGGAUAAAGGGAAGACGAUCCAGCUCAAAGUGUUUGGAUCUUUCUGGGUCACACGUUUUGUCACAGGUAACGUAAUUGGCGCUGGAAUUUUGGUGGCCCCCAAAGGAGUGUUGAAGUACUCUUCCAUGAACGUGGGGCUCUCCCUGUGCAUCUGGGCUGCCCGUGUCCUGUCGGCCGUGAUGACUUCCCUCUGCUCAGCGGAGAUAGGUACAACCUUCCCAUGCAGUGGAGCUAACGUCGACUUUCUCAAGAGAUGUUUUGGAACCCCGUCUUUUCUGAGACCCUGGACGAGCUUGUUUCUGCAGCGAGGACCAGUCGCCAGCCAAGCCCUGCUUCUCGCCGAGAUCAGCAUCCAACCUCUUUAUUCCAGCUGCUCUGCUCCAAAUCUGCCAAAGAAAUGUCUGGCGCUGGCCAUAUUGUGGGUUGUGGGAAUUCUGAAUUCUCGUGGUGGAAAAGAGAUAACUUGGCUUCAGACAGCCAGCACCGCGCUGAAAGUGGCCGUACUUGGCCUCAUUUCCCUAAGUGGAGGGGUGUUGCUAGUGAGAGGAAGGAAGGAGAAUGUAGGAAGGUUUCAGAACGCUUUUGCUGCUGAGUUCCCAGAAGCCACCCAGUAUAUAGAAGCUGUCUUCCAAGGAUAUUUUGCAUAUUCAGGUGACGAAACCCAGACAGACAAUUCCAAGUGCAUCCUUACCGCGUUACCUUUGGUGACUGUCCUUUAUUUACUGGUUAACAUUUCCUACCUGACUCUUCUGACACCCAGGGAAAUCCUCUCUUCAGGUGACAUCAACAGUGAUAAACUUGAAAUGUAG